GGGUAGUAUUAUCUUCCGUUAGAGCGAGAGAGAUCGAGAUCUCAUGGAGUUGUCUCCGGUGAGUGCUUCUCUGGGUGCCAUGGGCUCCCUUACACGGAAGCUGGAUGCGCACCUGGAUGCCGUACACAAGGAUGAGAUCGGGAAACUCACUACCCGGCUGCUGAAGCUCUCGGGCGCACGGGACCCUCCCAUCACGGCGACUUACUGGAUGAAGGAAGUAGGCGAGCUGUCCUACGACAUGGACAACUGUGUCGACGCCGAAGCAGAUUGGAUCCAGAAGUUGCCGGCAUUCAUGGCUCGUGUGAGGGAGGCAAAUCGACGCUACGACAGGUACAUGCUUGAGAGCGUCCCCGGCCGUAAAGAUAUUUCCGCUGCCGUUGACCACCGGCUUCCAGCGGCGGACGUCGGCCGGAAGCCAGAUCCAGCCGUCGGCCUUCAUGCCAAGGGCGGCGCGGUUGAUAGACUCCGCCAGUUGCUCACUGAUGAUGGUAAGAAGGAGCUCAAGGUGGUGUCCAUUGUCGGAGUUGGUGGGAUCGGCAAGACCACGCUCGCCAAACAGCUAUGGCGUGAGGGCAAGCUCCAGGGAUUCGACUGCCGGGCUUUUGUGCGGACGGCCAAGAAACCUGACAUGAGGAGGACCCUGAGGAGCAUACUCGCACAAGUUCGUCCGCACCAACCACCCGUGGCUAAUGAGGUGCACGACCUCAUUCACGACAUCAGCGAGCAUCUGAAAAAUAGAAGGUACUUUCUUAUAGUCGAUGACUUAUCUGAUACAUCAGUAUGGGAUGUUGCUAGCCGUGCUUUCCCAGAGGCUAAUCAUGGCAGCAGGAUAAUAACAACGACGGAAAUUGAAGAUGUCGCCCUUGCAUGCUGUGGUUAUCAGUCCAGAUACAUUUUUAAGAUGGAACCUCUUUGUGUCAGUUACUCAAAAGAGUUGUUCAGUAGUGCAGUGUUUUGCUCUGGAGAGAAAUACUGCUCGCAAUUGGAUGAAGUCUCAGAUGAGAUUAUAAGAAGAUGUGCUGGUUUACCGCAUUCAAUUAUCAGCAUAGCCAGUGCUUUAGCAAGCCAACUGAAAGCAGAUGCAGUAGAAAAUAGGGAGCAAACAGGGGAUCGCUGGAAAUAUAUACAGACCUCUGUACUCGACAAUUUGCCAGCAAAUACAACUUCUAACGAGAUACUGAAACAAGUACUGAACUUUUGCUGCAACAGUCUUCCCAUAUGCUUGCAAACAUGUCUAUUGUAUCUUAGUCUAUACCCGGAGAAUUAUAUAAUCUUCAAGGAAGAUAUAAUGAAGCAAUGGGCAGCUGAAGAUUUUAUCCGUGCGCCAACCCAGAAAGACAUUUUGGAAGUUGCCGGGAGCUAUUUUGAUAAGCUUGUCAAUAUGGGCUUGAUCCAACAUAUUGAUGUGGACUAUAGUGAUAAGGUGUUCUACUAUGCAGUGCAUCCCAUAGUUCAUGGUCUUAUUACAUCCAAAUGUACAGAAGCGAAUUUCAUCACCUUAAUAGAUUAUUCUCAAAGGAAAAUGCAGUUUUCUGACAAGGUCCGUCGGUUGUCCCUCCAGUUUGGCAGUGCAACAUAUGCAACUAUACCAGCAAGUACCAGUACCAGACUGUCGCAAGUUCGAUCACUUGCUUUUAUUGGACUGAUGAGCUGCUUGCCUUCUCUUUUGGAGUUUAAGCUUCUUCGAGUUUUGAUCCUCCAUGUUUGGGGCGAUCCACCACGCAGUAGCUUCCAACUCGAGGGUGUCUCUGAAGUGCCUCUAUUGAGAUAUUUGCAAGUCACUUGCAAUCUCACUGUACAACUUCCAUAUCAGAUGCAAGGUCUGCAACACUUGGAAACACUUGAAAUAAAUGCAAGAGUGGCAGCUGUUCCAUUCGAUAUUGUUCAUCUUGGGAGCUUGUUGCAUCUCCGUCUCGGAGGUGGAACAGAACUGCCUGAUAUGACUGCAUGCAUACCCCAAAAAAAUGUUACCCUGGAUCCUCCUAGCGCUUCAGCUGGCAUGGCCAUUUUAUUGGAUAACUCUUGUAGCCCUCCAGAUUCAGUGAAGACAAUCGAGUUAUUGCAGCCCAUUCAAAAACUCCCUAAGUGGAUUGGACAACUUACAAAACUCUGCAUUUUGAAAAUUGUGGUCAGAGAACUGCUAAGGGAUGAUAUCAGUACCCUGCAAGGAUUACCAGCCCUCACUAUUCUCUCAUUGCACGUCCGGCGACGACCUACAGAAAUAAUCUUGUUCCAACGAGGAUCAGUCGCUGCUCUCAAGUAUUUUGAGUUCAGGUGUGGAGUACUCCAUCUGGCCUUUGAGGAAGGAGCAAUGCGCAAUCUUCAGAGGUUGACGCUGGGUUUCAAUGCCCACAGAGGAGAAGAGUAUGGUCAUUUCAUUCAUGGCAUUGAGCACCUGUCAAAUGUCCAGGAGAUUAAGGGAAUAAUUGGAGCAGCCACUGGUGCUGAAGAUAAUGACUGGAGGGCUGCAGAGUCCGCAUUCAAGGAUGCCAUUCGGAAGCAUCCAAGUUAUCCCAGUAAUGUCAGUGUAAAAGCAUCAGGUAUGGUUGAUGAAGAAUAUGGCCCUCCAGAAAAACAACCUGGUAUUCAAAACAAGAGUCUGAACAAGAUAUAAGGAAAAAUGUUGAUAGCGAUUCUCAAUUUAUUAUGAG